AUGGUUUCCAUCGGGCCUACUACCAUCGCCUCCUCGCUCUUUGGGCUCGCGCUGUUGGCUCUCUCUGCUGCGGAAGACGCGAAAACCGGCUGGUCGAGCGUCGACCUCGAAAGUAUCACGGAAGCUGACUACGAUCUGUUGUACAAGGCGUGGGGUAACAACAGCGCCUAUGCUCCGGGAGUGACCACGUACGGUUGGGGCACCAGCAUUUUUGGGUUGGGAACCAAAAACGCGUCGAUGGCAGAGGGCAGCAAAGCGGGUACGGCGACCGACUACCACUUCAGUGUGAAUGGCUGCACUUUGAAACCUGACCAAACAGAGCUCGUGGGGGAAUGUGACGACAUGGAGUGCACAUUCAUCAACUACGCGGCUUACGAGGUCUACAUUACCUCGGACCCGCAAAGCAACACUCUCAAGGUGACGGCGAUCACAGCGAAAAGCGAACCCUAG